AUGAAGUAUAUUUUUCUGUUUGUCAAUCCUACAGCGGGGGGAAAUAGAGCAUCUAUGUUCACCGACUUUGGAGUCAACGAAAUAAUAUUCCACAAGCCGCACAAGUGCCAUUUCUCCAUUUACAACAUUUUGGAGGGCGAAAAUGGGAAAAAGCCCGGGUUCCUGCACCUCAGUUCUGUGACGAACAGCCCGAGGGAGGCUGAAAUUAAAAGUGAGUCCAUGACCCCUAAGUCGAGGGGCCCUGUUAGCAAAAGUAGCCUCUCCGUGGAGGGGAAAAGCGGCACGCAGAACCGCAAUCCGAGUCAUAACUCCAGUGAGAAGGGAACAAAUAAGCCAAGUAACAGCACAGGAAGUGGUGGGAAGACCAAAGGAGAAGAUCACCACUCCGGUGGUACAAAAAAGGGAAACAACUCGCAAAAGGCAGGUAGUGAUAAUAGUGAUGGCACAGCUGGGGAGGAUGAAAAUAUAUUUGCCUAUGUCCUAGUGGCAGGAGGAGAUGGAACGCUAAACUGGUUUCUAAAAGAAGCAGAACAUUAUGAUAUUAAGGAUGAUAAAAUUGCUGUAGGAGUCAUUCCCUUCGGAACAGGGAACGAUUUUGCCAAAGCGUUCGGAUGGAAAAAAAUGGAUGGCUUUUUUAACUAUACCUUUUUAUUUGAUAUUUUAAAAAAAAUAGUAGAUCAAACAUUCAAGUCCAAAAUUGAGAAGCAUGAUUAUUGGAACGUACAUGUGUUGUUGAAGGAAGAUGGGUAUUUUAAUAAAAUCAGUUCGAGGACAAAAAAGAAGGAAACGUUAAUAGAAAAUGAACAAAAUGUGAAAACUUUGAAAUUGUGCAUGAGCAAUUACUUCAGUAUAGGGAUAGAUUCAAGGAUAGGUAGAGGGUUUGAAAGGCACAGACAGAAGAGUGCCUUUAUUAAUAAACUCAUUUACGUCAUUGAGGGAUUUAAAAAAAUUAUUUUUAAAAAAAAUACUCCUGUUAAUUUAAUUAUUGACAAAAUGGUUACUGGCAAAAAUUACGAUAAUGUUAUUUUUACGACUAGCCAUAAUGACAGCACAUCUUCUUCUUCUCCUCCUCCCCCUCUCCUCAAAAAAGCAAUGAGCAUCAUAUGCGUGAACAUUCCUUCGUACUCCUCUGGAAAUGACAUAUGGAAUUAUACGCAUAAAAUUGGGUUAAAAUUACCAAAGGAUUUACCUUCGGAGCAGAAAAAAGUGUAUAAAGAUUUAAAAAAAUCUCAACAGGAGGUGGGGGAUGGUGUGCUGGAGUUUGUCAUUUAUCAGUCAGGGGUAGACUUGGGGUUGGAAUUCACCCUCAGGGGUAGGGCCUUUAGGGUUCACCAGGGAAUUGGCCCGUGGAAAAUACUUUUUAAGGAGCAAGUGUGUAAUGUUUAUUUUCAGGUGGAUGGGGAGUACUACCUCAUGUCGUUUCCCGACAGCAUCUCCAUCGACCAUUACAAGAAGAUCAACGUGUUGAAGAAUAUGGUGUGA